GAGACGCUUGGACGCCAUGAUGGUAGGUGGAACCUGUUAUCACUUAUCCACUGAUCUGCUUUGUCAACGAAUUUAAUACCGAGCAGUUUAAGUUUUGCUUUGUUAUACAUACUUUAUAUGCAGUAGUUGAUUUAAAAAAAAUGUUUCAGGACGGUAUAUGUGAUACUGCUGACAUUUUAAAUAACGUUCCUCCCAAAAAGACAAUUCAUACUGACAAUGUAGACCUCUCUGACAAGUCAUUACAAGUAGAUAUUUCGGAUGCUCUUAGCGAAAAGGAUAAAGUAAAGUUCACUGUACAUACGACAACUACAUUACCAGAAUUUCAAAAGCCAGAUAACCUAGUUGUAAGGCAACAUGAAGAGUUUGUAUGGUUACAUGACCGAUUUGAGGAAAAUGAAGAAUAUGCUGGUUAUAUUAUUCCUCCUUGCCCACCACGACCAGAUUUUGAUGCAUCUCGUGAAAAAUUACAAAAACUUGGAGAGGGUGAAGGUAACAUGACACGUGAAGAGUUUAAUAAAAUGAAACAAGAAUUAGAAGCUGAAUACCUAGCAACAUUUAAAAAAACUGUUGCAAUGCACGAAAUGUUUCUAACUAGACUGGCACAUCAUCCAGUUUUUCGUAAUGAUCAUAAUUUAAGAGUGUUCUUAGAAUAUGAUCAGGAUCUUUGUGUAAGAGGAAAAAAUAAAAUGGAAAUGUUUGGCGGUUUGGUAAAGUCAUUUUCCACUACGACAGAUGAAUAUUAUUUGUCUGCAACAGUGAAAGAUGUAAAUGAUUUCUUUGAUCAAGAAAUGACAUUUUUACAAACCUAUCAUCAUAAUUUAAAAGAAGCAACAGUUCGUUCAGAUCGGCAGACUGCCAAGCACAAAGACGUAGCAGAUUCAUAUAUUAAAAUUUCCACAAAUCUUUUGCAAUUAGCUACAACUGAUACUGGUAAAUUGGAAAGAUUUUUAACAAAAAUAGCAGAAAUGUUCGAGAAGUUAAGGAAAGUAGAGGGACGAGUAGCGUCUGAUGAAGAUUUAAAAUUGUCAGACACUCUGCGUUACUAUAUGAGGGAUACAGCUGCAGCUAAACGGCUUUUGUUUAGGAGAUUAAAAGCUUUACACGCGUAUGAAUCUGCAAAUCGUGCUCUUGAAAAAGCUCGUGCCAAAAACAAAGAUGUUCACGCUGCACACGCGGAAUUGCUCAAAAAGUGUUUAACCGUCUUACGAGAAGAGUGAUCCAAUUUUAUAAUUCUUAUUGUGAAGAUUACUGUGUAAUCUAUAUGAAGAUAACAAUCUAUUUAAAAUUAUAGCAAUGUAAUGGUACUGUAAAAUAUAUAUUUUUUGUUAUCUAGAUUUAUAUCAUCUGAAAAAAAAUCGUAUUAUUGAUUACAGGAAAGUUCCAUAUAAAAUUAAUUUGUAUUGUUUAAUUAAUUUUUAAAUUAUGAAGAUUUACGUGUAUAUGUUAUAAUUGUUCAUGCUUAAAAAAUAGUUACUUCUUUUUAUACUGUUACUCCGUUUUUUUUAAAAAAUUAUUUUAUACAAAAUAAUGUACUGGCUCUUAUUGUGUUCUUUUGUAGAUUUAUACUAAUCUAUUACUAACUACAAAAUUUUUUUCCAUUUUAUACAUGAUAGUGUAUUUUAGUGAAAUAAAAAAUAUGAAAGUGACCAGGAAAUAAGAGAUUCGUGAUGUGAAAAUAAGAUAACUCAACACU